GUGUCUGAAAAAUUCCGGAAGGAGAAGAAAAUAAUUCAGGGGUGAAAUGUUAGUGGACUUGACCAAUACACUUCCGGUAGGGAAGGUCGUACAUCCGGUUGAAUGUCAAUAGGUAGUAGGCCUGCUAAGAAGGACAAAUUGUUCCUCGUCUCGUGCAGCAGUGGCUUGACUUCCUGUUGGAUAAUCUAUUUUAAUUGUGAUAACUAACAAUGAAACGAUUUCGACUGCUUGCUACUGUAUCCGCACUUUCAACCGGAGCAGGUAUUUUUGCAGGCGUAAAUUAUGAAGCACACAGGAGAGGUCAAAAGGAACAAGGUGAAACUGAAAGUAGAAACUAUAAAUAUUAUAUACCGUUACCAACCGUAUCUGCAGCAGCCCCAACUAAUGUUGAUCUCCCUUCAUUGUCUAGUACAGUUUUUCCAGCUCCGCCACCACCACCUUCUAAUCGGGUAUCUGAGAUAAUGAAGUACGGGUUUCCUAGUUUGGACCAAAUUAGGUCUUAUGACAACUUUGUACUGAGCUAUGACCGGAGAAAUAGAACUGCUCACUGGGUGUUCGAACAUAUCAAACCUGAGCAUAUUGGAAAAAAUGACACUGAUAGAGAGCAAUCCUCAUUUCAUGAAGAUUAUUCCAUCCACCCUUACUUCAGAUCUACCAAUUAUGAUUAUAAAUCCAGUGGAUAUGAUCGUGGUCAUUUAGCUGCAGCGGCAAAUCACAGACACUCUCAAAAUGCCAUGGACCAAACAUUCACUCUGAGCAAUAUCUCACCACAGGUAGGUAGAGGAUUUAACAGAGAUGCAUGGAAUAACCUGGAGAAGUUUGUUCGUAGUGUUGCCAGAAUGAACAGGAAUGUGUAUGUUUGUACUGGUCCUCUCUAUCUACCUAGACGAGAAGCGGAUGGGAAAUUGUAUGUAAAAUACCCUGUGAUUGGUCCAAACAAUGUGGCAGUGCCUACACAUUUCUUCAAGGUCAUCGCCGUUGAAAACUUCCAAGGCGAGUUUGAAUUGAUGUCAUUUGUGAUGCCUAAUGAAGUGAUUCCUGAUAACAUCCCCAUUAAAAACUUCAUGGUUCCCAUGGAGACCAUUGAAAGAGCUGGGGGCAUCCUGUUGUUUGAUAAAAUUUCGAAGAAAAGAUUUACUAUCAUCAAUGGAAAAAGAGUCUGACAAUGAUAAACUAGUUUGUCCAAAUUGUCAUCAACGUUAAUUACAGGUCUAUCAUUGAUAAAAAAUAUCUGACAAAGAUGUCAGAAUAGUUAAUUGACAUUAACUGCAGAUUAAGGUUGUCUAGUUUGUUUAUGGACAUUUGAAUUAGGUGCAGAUUGAUACACAAUUAUUACAUAUCAAUAUUUGAACAUAUAAUUUGUCCUAUAUAUCCACAUAUAGGGACGGUAUGUAACACCAGAUUUUCAGUAAACGCUGAGGUAAAAUUUGACUCCCAAAACUGAUUUUUUUAUUCUUAGGUCAAGAGACAAGUUGACAUGUUUAGACCCAAAGGAGCUUGACAUGUUCUUAUGACCCAGAAUGAAAUUGAUCAACUUAACACAGUGUUAAAGGACCAAAAUAUUUUGGACAAGUUCAAAUUUCAAGGUUUUGGGGUCAAGAUCAAGGUCACUGUUACUAUUUUUUGUUUUUACCCAGUAUGAUUGUUGAAGUCCAUAUUCAGUCAACGUAACUUGUUACUUCUAGUGGGGCCACGGUGGCUGAGUGGUUAAGAUGUCCCGACACUUUAUCACUAGCCCUCCACCUCUGGGUUGCGAGUUCGAAACCUACGUGGGGCAGUUGCCAGGU